AUGGAAAAUGGGAGAGCUCAUACCUUAACAGUCCUGUUCAUCCUCACGUGUGCGCUGGGCUACGUAACCUUGCUUGAAGAAACGCCCCAAGACACAGCCUACAACACAAAGAGAGGUAUUGUUGCCAGUAUCUUGGUUUUCUUAUGUUUUGGAGUUACACAAGCUAAAGAUGGACCAUUUUCGAGACCUCAUCCAGCUUACUGGAGGUUCUGGCUGUGUGUCAGCGUUGUAUAUGAGCUCUUCCUCAUCUUUAUACUCUUUCAGACUGUGCACGAUGGCAGGCAGUUUAUGAAGUACAUUGAUCCACAUUUAGGUGUUCCUUUGCCAGAAAGAGACUACGGUGGCAACUGCCUUAUUUAUGAUCCUGGCAAUGAAACUGAUCCGUUUCACAACAUCUGGGACAAACUGGAUGGAUUUGUUCCUGCUCACUUUUUUGGCUGGUACCUGAAAACAUUGAUGAUUCGAGACUGGUGGAUGUGUAUGAUCAUCAGUGUCAUGUUUGAGUUUCUGGAGUACAGUCUGGAACACCAGCUUCCAAACUUCAGUGAAUGUUGGUGGGAUCACUGGAUAAUGGAUGUGAUCUUAUGUAAUGGAUUGGGAAUUUACUGUGGGAUGAAGACUCUGUCUUGGCUUUCUUUGAAAACAUACAAAUGGCAAGGACUCUGGAACAUUCCUACAUAUAAAGGCAAGAUGAAGAGAAUUGUCUUCCAGUUCACCCCAUAUAGCUGGGUCAAAUUUGAGUGGAAGCCAGCAUCCAGCUUACGCAGAUGGCUAGCAGUUUGUGGCAUCAUCUUUGUAUUUUUAUUGGCAGAGCUGAACACAUUUUACUUGAAGUUUGUCCUUUGGAUGCCACCAGAACACUACUUGGUCCUGUUACGACUUGUCUUUUUUGUCAAUGUGGGAGGUGUGGCUAUGAGGGAGAUCUACGACUUCAUGGAUGACCCGAAGUUCCAUAAGAAGCUGGGUCAGCAGGCGUGGCUGGUCGCUGCCAUUACUGCCACGGAGUUUCUGAUUGUCGUGAAGUACGAUCCCUACCCGCUCACGCUUUCUCUUCCUUUCUCCAUUACCCAGUGCUGGAUCUUGGGGAUUAUUCUUGUGCUCACCUGGACAGCCUGGCGUUUCUUCAUCCGUGACAUCACUUUGCGGUAUAAGGAGAUAAGGCGACAGAAGCAAGAGCACAAAUAUGAAAAGGACAAAUGCUUGAGCAACGGUGAUGGACACUCAUCGAUCCUGGACGAACAAAAUGGGAACAAACUAAGAGAGAGGAAACUUUGAGCAACAGCUAAAGGGCUGAAAGGAACUCGUAGCGCUCAAGUUGGCCUGGUGGACAGUUUUGACCUUAUCCUACCUAACUUGUCAUUUUUGUUGUUAGCUUUCCAACUGUGAAAAUCCUCUCGGGGGGAAAAGAUGUCACUGACAUACACACCCUUUCUCCUCGUGUGCGCCUAGUCAGAGUCGGAGAAAGUCUGUGUAGAGGGAAGUCAGAACCAACACUGUUGCAACGAGAUGGGAUCUUCCUUCAGGCGUGUUGUGUGUCUUCCUUGAAACCAAGGUUUGGAGACAAGGGGCUUUAAGACGAAGCGCAAAGGGAAUCUAGCUGAUCUAUUUCCAGUAAACUGUGAGAUUU